AUGAUAUAUGUGAAAAAAGAAAUUUAUGUCCAGUAUAAUAAAAUAGAAUCAUGUCAUCCUGUUGUUAUGAAAUGUCAUAAUGAUUCUUGUCGUUAUUUACGUUUUACUUCAAAUGAUGAUGAACAUUUGAUUUUUUCACGUUGGUUUUAUGAUUCGAAUCAUCAACGUUGUCGUCGAUAUAAUAAUCGUGUAGAAAAUUUUGUUUAUUUUCAAUUUUUACGCGAUUGUAGACGCUUAUGUCCAAUUAGACAACAGAAACAAAUUGAAAAAAUCAUUACUCUUCAUAUAUCUGAUAAUGUUUAUUAUUAUAAUGAUACUGUUUAUGUUCAUCUAUAUAUUGAUCUUUCUCCAAAAUGGAUUCAAAAACUUGCUGAUUCAAUGAAUAUUAGUACGAUUGUUUACAUGGCACAACAAAAUUAUUUUCAAAAUUAUCGACGUCGUUUUACAAAUUUUGUCGAUCGAACGUAUCAGUUCAUGCUUGAUCAGCAAGAAAAUAUUGCAAAGAAAAAUUAUUAA